AUGACCACCGGAGACUACAAAUCACACAUUCCAUUACCAUCAGUUCCAAACCUAAAAUAUCUUUAUACUUCCGAUAUGACAAUCGUGGAAAUCGUUAACACUAAUGACAAUACUGGCAGUAAUGCCUCCGAAGUGAAUCACGAAACGAGUGGCAAAUCUAACGCUAGUAAUACCGGAGACCACAAAUCACACAUUCCAUUACCAUCAGUUCCAAACCUAAAGUAUCACUUAAAAAUAAAAUGGAAAACAUAUCCUAACCCGCAGUUGGCAUCACUUGAUAAGAACAGACAGACAACAGAAGUGGUCUUCAUUGACAACAAUGACAGCAACGCUCAGAAUCGGAACACAAUUGCAGCGCAACCAUCAGCUCAUGUGCCUUAUUAUACCAUUUACGACGACUCAGACGUUGAUCUUCUCACCUGACCUGACCUCACAUCACCUUUCAAUUGGUUUUUUAUAACGAAAUCUGCUUUUUAAUUGCUUUUAAAAAUUGAUUACUUUUUUCUGUCAAUAAUUCAUAAUUAAUGUUAACUUAAUAUAAGCUUUUGUUUGAUUAACCCAUUGAUUAUAGACCUGUGAUAAUAGUUGUAAGACAUGUUUAUACUGAUUGUCACUAAAAUGUACGCUAUAUUUAUAAAAUACAAGACACGGCUUAAACUCAGGAGAGAUUUUCAAACACAAAGAGUGGUUUGAUCUGCAAUUGGAUUUUGAUUGGGUUUUGAUCGAUACUCUAGUCCGACGACAACAACACACCAUUCCUUUCUAAUCUGUUCUUCUCAUUGCAGCUCAAACUCAAACACCAAAUAAAUUAUUAAAUAAUUAAUUAUAUAUAUAUUGAUAUAAAGUUAUUGUAAAUAUAUUUAUGUAAAAUGUUUUUACGUUAACUUUUGUUUUAAGUUUGAAGAAACUCCAGAAUAAUUGAUUCCCACUAUUUGUUGUACACUUAUAUACUACAUUAAAAUUUAGUUUUAUUACAUCCCGUAAAGUAUCUCAAUAGUCGAUUGUGUUAUGAUUGUUGCCAAUAAAGCGAUGAUUACUUUAAUUUAUAUUAAA